AUAUUUAUGUUUUCAUCAUUGCUGACACAUGUUGACAAGUCCAUCUCAAUUCUUCCCACUACAAUUUUACUCCAGAGCUAGAAAUAUCAGCUGAAUUAUCAUAAUCAGUAUUUUUUCAUAAAUCACGUGAAUCUACCAAUUCACAUUAGACAAAAAAUGUCGAUAUCUAGAUUUACUGGUAUUGAAUUGGGACCACCUAUUGAAGUUUUUGCACUUCAAAAAACAUUUGUCGAUGAUAAGUUUGAAAAUAAAGUCAGCCUUGUUAUUGGUGCAUAUCGAACCAACGAAGGAAAGCCAUGGGUUUUGCCAGCAGUAAGAAAAGUCGAGAAAAUGUUAGCUGAAGACGAUGUUCAAAAUCAUGAGUAUCUUCCAAUUCUAGGUUUAGAGGCAUUCAGCCGACUUGCAACGACUAUGCUAUUGGGUCAAAAAUCCCAAGCAAUUCUUCAAAGCAGAGCAUUUGGUAUACAAUCGCUUUCAGGCACUGGAUGUUUACGUGUUGGAGCUGAAUUUCUUUCACGUAUUUUUCAUUAUGAUACUUUUUACUACAGUACACCUACGUGGGAAAAUCACAAACUGGUAUUUACCAACGCAGGCUUUAAAAAAGGAUGUGAAUAUCGGUAUUGGAAUGCAGAAACACGUAGUGUUGAUAUUGAGGGUAUGCUACAAGAUUUAAGAGAUGCACCAGAAAAUUCAGUUAUUAUUCUUCAUGCGUGUGCUCAUAAUCCAACGGGAUGUGAUCCUACUCAUGAACAAUGGAAACAAAUAGCUGAUGUAAUUGAACAAAAAAGAUUGUUUACAUUCUUUGAUAGUGCUUAUCAAGGUUUUGCCAGUGGGGAUGUUGAUCAUGAUGCAUACGCACCUCGUCUUUUUGCUGAGCGUGGAAUUGAAUUUUUCUGUGCUCAAAGUUUUGCUAAAAAUUUUGGUUUAUACAAUGAGCGUGUUGGUAAUCUCGUUGUUGUUAUGAAUAAUACUAAAGAAAUAGCACAAGUUAAAUCACAGCUGACACUAAUCGUUCGUGGAAUGUACAGUAACCCGCCAAAUCAUGGUGCUCGUAUCGUUGCUACUGUUUUGGGGAACGACGAUUUGCAUGACGAAUGGAAAGAUCACAUUCGUGUUAUGUCUGACAGAAUAAAACUGAUGAGAAAAGCAUUGUAUGACAGGCUAUUAAAAUUGAGAACCCCCGGCAAUUGGGAUCAUAUUAUCAAUCAAAUAGGAAUGUUUUCAUAUACUGGAUUAACUGAAAGACAAGUUGCACAUUUAAAGGAUCACUAUCAUAUUUACAUGCUUCGUAGUGGACGUAUAAAUAUAUGCGCAUUAACUGAUAAAAAUAUCGACUAUGUGGCUAAUGCUAUUCAUGAUGCUGUUACAUUGUUUUCAGAUCCAACGAAGAAUUCCGUUUAAAUUCAGCCACAAAAAUAUAUUCAAUCAAUAAUAAAGAGAAAAUAAAAUAAAAAAUAUUAUUUCUUGACCAUAUAUCAUUAAGUGUCUUGUAUACAAAAAUUGUAGUUUUACGUUUAGCGAUACAAUUCACAUCAAACGGUUGAGAAUCGAGAUAAAUAAUAAAAACAAAGAGAACAAUAAUUAAUAGAAAAACUAUCCUCUUAUAUACGUAUAUGAUAGCGGACAUGUUAGAGAAAUAUAAAUAUUAGGGGGUCGUUGAAAAUUAAAUUUCUUCAAGCGUCCCUUAAAAAAUUUUUUCUUCGUACAAAAACAUGAGGGAAAUAUUAAAAAAAUUUUUUUUUUUUUUAAAUGAAAAUAACAUGCGCCGCAAGGCAAUCAAAGUUUAUUUUUUUAUGAAUCCAUGGAAAUAUUCUAUGAAAUAUGCAGAUUUCAAAAAAGUUCGUAUAAAUGAUUUUACAAGAAUUUCGAUUCUCUAUAAAAAAUGUCAUAUCCAUUUUUUCAAAGAAUGAAUAUUUAAAAAUAUUCAAAAAAAACUUUCGUGAAUCUGACCUAGUUAAUAGAAGAAACAUUUUUUGAAAUAUCAAUUAAUGUUAUGUUUUAUAUUAUUAAAAAUAGUCCAUCACUAUAAGAAGUAUUAUGCAAUUAAUUAUUAUUUUUGAGAUUUCUUAAAGUAUUCACUAUAAAGGAUUCACGAAAAUUUUUUCUAAUAUUUUUAUAAAUACCCAUUUUUUUAAAAAAUGUGUGUGAUGCUUUGCAAAGAAUUAAAUUUCCUAUAAAAUUAUUUAUUUAAAGUUUCUUCCAAAUCUGCAUAAUUCGUAAGAUUUUUCCAUGGAUUUGGCAAAAAAUAAACAUCGAUCUUCUUGUGGCGCGUGUUGUUUUCAUUUUGUAUAGAAAUUCCCUCAUGUUUUUGUCCAUGAAAGCAAUUUUUUAAGGAGUGCUUGAAUGCCACAAGGUCGUUACGGGACGAUAGCCAAUAAGAAUAAGAAAGAGCGCGUAAAAAAGUUUAAUUUUUAACGACCAACCUAAUCAAUAGGUCAGUCCUAAUAUACAAGUUGAUGUUAGAUUAAAAAAAAUAAUUUAACAAAAAGUAAAGGUAGAAUUUGUUUGUGAGAUUUGUUAAAUAGAAAAAAAAUAUUAGUAUGGUAAAAAAAGUACAAAGAAUUCAAUUAACAAUGCAUUAUUGUGUACACAUAUUAUGAUGCAUUCCGUAUUAUGUUAUUUUUUAUGUUUUGUUGAACCACGUGCCAAAGAAUCGUAGCACUUGACAUUGUGCUCGUGAGUUUAAAUAGAUUAUUUGUUUAAUGAAAUAUAAAUAGUUCCGUAUACAUAUAUAUACAUAUAUCAAUGUUUAUUAACUCAAUAUAAUUACAUAUAGAUUACUCGUAAUGUAUCAACUUUGUUACAUUAAAUUUCUUGAAUUAAAAACAAAACAUAAAAUGUUCAAAUUAAAUUUUACAAAUUUUAUUUUCGAAUCAGUAAAAUUAUCGGAUAUUAAUACGCCUGAUAAAUGUUUUAAUAAUGAUAAUAAACAUUCAGGGUUUAAAUCAAUGAGCUUCUUAGAAAAGUUGAUCAACAAUACUUUACAGAAACAGCAGUAGGAUCAAACUAUUUUAGCAAUAACUGAUCGUAAUGAGAUUGAAUAAUGGAUAAUCAAUUAAAGUUUUUGAAUAGUUAUUUUUAAAUCUGAUUCAGUGCAUUUAAAGAUUAUAUACAAACAAAUAUAUACGUAUAAACAAAUAUCAAAUUGAAAAUAAAUACUCAGAAAAAAUAUCACAUAAAUUUUAAGUAUUCUACGUUAAAUGUUUUUUAAUAAAAAAAAAUACGGUGAAAAUUUAUGAAUUUCAUGGUGAUUCAAAACAUUUACUAUUGAAUUAUGUGAAAUAAUUUUAUUACAAAUGUAAAUUUUAACAAAUUUUUUGGUUACAUGACUAAAUAUAUAGUCCAAAAUAUCAAAUGUCAUUCAUCGGACAUGUAAUAUUAUUUGUCGUUUGAUGUUAAGAAGUAGCGGUAAACUAUUUUUGAUUAAAUUUAAUUCACCGAUCAAAAUUUGAAACGUCUAAUAGAGAGUCUUUGGCGUUUUCUAUAAAUUUAACAGAGGGCUAAAAAUUUCGUAUUUUAUAAAUUCUUUUUCGUCUUCGAGAAAAAUUGUUUUAAAAUUCUGACUUAUUUUACAAGUGCAACAAAAAUAGUUUCGUUUAUUUUUCUGAGUGAGAAAGAGGUCCGGUAUCAUUUCACUUUAAGGAUUGUUUUAUUCAUGACACUGACUUUUUCGAUAAACAGUUAUUUACUUAAUCAGAAACUCAUAUUUUUUAUAAUUCUACACAAAUUAAAUAUCUACACUUGCAAAAAAAAAAAAAAAAAAAAAAAAUUUAAUAACUGAAAAAAACAAAAAUAUAAGAGAAA